AUGGACGACGAGGAUGUUAAGAUCGCGAGCGUUCCCAAAAAGCCGAUUUUUUUUGGAAGCCUCGAGAUUGCCGAGAAGCAGCGGCUCGAGAAGCUGAAGAGGCAGGCUGCUGCGUUCGCCGCGACAGGCGUAGUGGGGGGCGACGAUUCGGGCGAUGACGGCGACAAGGAAGGGGUGAAGGAGGAGGAGAAGGAGGAAAAUUCUGGCGAAGGGGAGGAGGAGGACGAGGAUGAAGAGGAUGAGGAGGAUGAUGAGGAGGGAGGAGAAGGAGGGGGAUCAGGUACGGGUGAGGGAGUCGAGUACGAGCUAUCAGAGACCGGGAAGCGCGCUAAGGAGCGUCAGGAGCAGAUGCUCAAAGAGCUCGAGAUGAAGCGACGCGCGCGCGCGCUCGCGGUGCCUACUAGCGACACGGCGGUGCGGCUGCGACUCCGCGCGAUCGGCGAGCCGAUCACGCUCUUCGGCGAGCGCGAAAUGGAGCGGCGCGACCGACUUAGGUCUUUCAUGGCUAACUUAGACGCCGAGGGGCGGCUCGACGAGCUUUACGAAGCGAUCGAGCGGCAAAUGCGGGAGAGCGGGGAGGGCGGCGCGGAGGUUCUAGAAACGGAGGAGGUGCCUCAAGCGGAGUUGUUUUAUACCGAGGGGAGCAAGGAGCUGCUGUUGGCGCGGCAGGAGAUUGCGGUGUUUUCGCUGCCCCGGGCAGGUGAAAGGAUUCGGCGCGCGAAGCGGCGGCGCGAGGAUCCCGAUGAGGACGAGGAGGCGGAGGCGAAGGAGUUGAUUGGCGUGGUGCAGGGGAUGAGCAUGCAGGUAUCAGAGAUAGGCGACGAGCGCCCCAUCUCUGCUUGCGCCCUCUCCCCCGACGCCUCUCUUGUUGCCACGUCAGGCUGGAGUGCUGCCUGCCGCCUCUGGUCGCUGCCAGCUGUGCGGGCGGCAGGCGCCCUGCGCGGCCACUCAGAGCGCGCCACGUGUGUGGCCUGGCACCCCCACGCGCUCUCCUCGCUCCCUGCUUCCGGCCCCAAUCUCGCCACAGCUGGUGCUGACAGGUGCGCGCUGCUCUGGCCUCUCCCUUGGGCGGCAUCAACUCCACCCGACGCCAACGGCCAAACUGACAACCCCGAAUUUUCCUCCCGUCCAGCACCUCCUUCCUCCUCCUCCUCCCCAUCCCUCUCCACCCCUCUCCUCCGCCUAUCCGGCCACUUAGACCGAAUCGCGCGAGUUGCUUUUCACCCGUCGGGAAGGUUCCUGGCAAGUACGAGUUUCGACAAGACGUGGCGGUUGUGGGAUGUGGAGCGGGGGGGAGUGGAGCUGCUGCUGCAGGAGGGGCACAGCCGGGCAGUGUACGGCGUCUCUUUCCAGAAGGACGGCGCGCUCGUGGCCACGUGUGGGCUGGAUGCGCUGUGCCGGGUGUGGGACUUGAGGACAGGGAGGAGCAUUCUCGCACUGGAAGGACACGUUAAGCCGCUCCUGGCAUGUGAUUUCUCCCCCAACGGAUACCAUUUAGCGACGGGAGGGGAGGACCACACGUGCCGUGUGUGGGACCUGCGGCGCUGCAGGAAGGGUGCAGGAGGGGGAGGGGGAGCAGGGGGAGGGGGUGCAGGAGGGGGAGGGGGAGCAGGGGGAGGGGGUGCAGGAGGGGGAGGGGGGGCGGGGGCGGCGGAGGGGAGUGGGGGCAGCCUGUAUGUGAUCCCGGCUCACACGCGGCUGGUGUCGGUGGUGCGAUAUGAACCGAGGGAUGGGCUGCUGCUGCUCACCGCUGGCUAUGAUAACACUGCCAAGGUGAGAGUGGUGCAGUGCGGUAAUGGGGAGUGGGGGUCGUUGGUGCGGUAUGAGCCCAGGGAGGGGCUGUUGCUGCUCACUGCCAGCUUUGAUUACCACGGCCAAGGUGAGGGUAGGUGGGGUGGGGGGAUUGUUGUGAAGGUGUGGUCGCGGCUGGACUUAAAGCCCGUGAAGGUGUGGUCGGGGCAGGACUUCAAGCCGGUGAAGGUGCUGGCAGGGCACGAGGUGUGGUCAGGGCGGGACUUCAAGCCCGUGAAGGUGCUGGCAGGGCACGAGGGCAAGGUCAUGGGGGCUGACGUGGCAGCAGAUGGGCAAUGUAUUGUCACAGCGUCUUACGAUCGCACAAUCAAGCUAUGGGGUAAUGAUGACGUUAGGGCUACACCCAUGAUGCGAUGA